CAGUGUUCGCUAGGGCACAUAAGAGGUACCUAGGUAAUAGGUAAUUUUACCUAAAUGUACCUGAGGUGUGGAGAGCUAGGUUGCCAGUGGGUCGGCUAGAUAGCAGAUAAGUGGCAUAUCACACAACAGAAAAGCUCAAGCACAAGUUAGGUAGCUGCAUUAAUUUGUCUCAAAUUGUCGCGUCUCAAUUCCGUCCUCAACGCACCCAGCCAGCUGCCCCUCUGGUCCCACCUGCAAAUUACUUUUACUUUUUCUCUCCCCUCCAACUCCACGUGAAAAUUUCAACAACACACCUCAAUCCAAACCUCAAUUGCCUACCAUGCUGUCGUCUAUUGGACGUGCCGCGAUUAGGCGGCUAGUAUCUACCUCUGCCACUACGGCACCCCGCCGCAUUGCGAUCUCAUGGCCCAUUACCCGUGGUCGCGGCUUCGUUCAAGGCUUUGCGACUGCGGGACAACUGAAGGCUACUGCUACUAAGGUCACCACUAAAACUUCUAAGCCCAAAGCCACCAAGACUACUACGGCUACUAAGGCUACCAAAGGUAGUACUAAAGCAACAGCUACUAAAGCAAAAGCCAAGAAGGCGACAGCUAGCAAGGCCACGACCGCUAAGUCCAAGGCCCCCAAGUCCAAGGCCAAGGGCAAGGGCAAGGGACGAAAGCGACAGCCAAUGACACCAGAGAAGCAGGCCAUCCUUGAGAGAAGAGUGCUCAAGAAGACGGCACUGUUUACCGAACCAAAGUUUCUUCCCGACAGCCAAUGGACUGUAUUUGUAGCUGAGCAAACCAGGAAUAAGGUUACAAGCCCGUCAGGUCUUCGAGAUCUGAUGUUAGGGUUAUCUCAGAAUUACAGAAGUCUUCCAGCCCCGGAGCGUCAGCGUCUUGCCGAUAUUUCCUCGCAAAACAAAGUCAGCAAUGCAGCUACUUAUGCGGCCUGGGUAGAAACCUAUACUCCUGAUCAGACGGUUGCUGCCAACCGGGCUCGUCAACUCCUGAAGAGGAAGUAUAACUACCCCGUGUCAAGCUUGAAAAUUAUUCACGACCCGCGUGUCCCUAAGAGACCCAUUACUCCAUACAGUCUCUUCACAAAGGCGCGAUGGGCUUCCGGAGACUUCGCGAACCGCCCCUUCGCUGAGGCUGCCAGGGAAAUCGGAAAAGAGUGGGUGAAAUUGCCGGAUGUAGAACGCCACGCGUAUGAUGACCUUGGGAAGGCAGCCAGGGACACGUAUGAGAAGGAAGUUGAGGCGGUUCUUCAUCGCAAGCCGGCUCGCGCACGUCGUUCAUCCACGCCACCUGCAUGAUCACCUGCAUGAUCUGGACUCCUUUUCCCGCCUAUUACUAAUACAUAAAGUAGGUGACUGUGAGCUCUAGAAUCAGUGGCUCCUUCAUGGUUAUGAGGAAAGACGAUUGGGGGAUUGGCCAGUCCGUCCAAUGAUUCUCAUUCUUUCUUGUGGCGACGCAAGAAUUUGUUACAUUCAUUUCGGGACGAUGCAGUGGCUUAACCGUGACUACUUGUUUGACACGGCUUGUACUUGUAGAUAGUCCGUUUGGCUCGCAAUAUUCAUCCCCAUUUCCUAGGUAGCCAAUGAGAAUCGCCCGGAGAUCCCAUGGUAGUGAUGGUAAUAGUGGUAGAGUUGUAUUAGUAUUAAGCAAAAACUUGUGUGUGAAAAGGAUUGGCAAUUGAAAUCUCUAAUUCUCAUUAAGGAU